UGCUGAAGGCGGACCGCGGGGAGGCGGGCGGCGCGCGCGCGCCCGAGAGGCGGCUGUUGGAGAAGUGGAGCGGCGGUCGCGGGGGGAGGAGGAGGAGGGACUGAGCGGCGGCGGCCCCCGCGUCCCGGUGCCUCUAUGGGGGAAGCAGACAAUGGAUUAUGAUUUCAAGGCGAAGCUGGCGGCGGAGCGGGAGCGGGUGGAGGAUUUGUUUGAGUACGAAGGGUGCAAAGUGGGACGCGGCACCUACGGGCACGUCUACAAGGCGAGGCGGAAAGAUGGAAAAGAUGAAAAGGAAUAUGCAUUGAAGCAAAUUGAAGGCACAGGAAUAUCCAUGUCGGCUUGUAGAGAGAUUGCACUUUUGCGAGAACUGAAGCACCCAAAUGUGAUCGCACUGCAGAAGGUGUUCCUUUCUCACAGUGACAGGAAGGUGUGGCUGCUUUUUGAUUAUGCAGAACAUGAUUUGUGGCAUAUUAUUAAGUUUCACCGUGCAUCAAAAGCAAAUAAAAAGCCCAUGCAGUUGCCAAGAUCUAUGGUUAAAUCGUUACUUUACCAGAUUCUUGAUGGUAUCCAUUACCUCCAUGCAAACUGGGUGCUUCACAGAGAUCUGAAACCAGCAAAUAUCCUAGUAAUGGGAGAAGGUCCUGAGAGGGGGAGAGUCAAAAUAGCUGACAUGGGUUUUGCCAGAUUAUUCAAUUCUCCUCUAAAGCCACUAGCAGACUUGGAUCCAGUAGUCGUGACUUUUUGGUAUCGGGCUCCAGAACUUCUGCUUGGUGCAAGGCAUUAUACAAAGGCCAUUGAUAUAUGGGCAAUAGGUUGCAUAUUUGCUGAAUUGUUGACUUCAGAACCUAUUUUUCACUGUCGUCAGGAAGAUAUAAAAACAAGCAAUCCCUUUCAUCAUGAUCAACUAGAUCGGAUAUUUAGUGUCAUGGGGUUUCCUGCAGAUAAAGACUGGGAAGAUAUUAGAAAGAUGCCAGAAUACCCCACACUUCAAAAAGACUUUAGAAGAACAACGUACGCCAACAGUAGCCUCAUAAAGUACAUGGAGAAACACAAGGUCAAGCCUGACAGCAAAGUGUUCCUCUUGCUUCAGAAACUCCUUACUAUGGAUCCAACCAAGAGAAUUACCUCAGAGCAGGCUCUGCAGGAUCCCUAUUUUCAGGAGGACCCUUUGCCAACAUUAGAUGUGUUUGCUGGCUGCCAGAUUCCAUACCCCAAACGAGAAUUCCUCAAUGAAGAUGAACCUGAAGAGAAAGGUGAUAAGAAUCAGCAACAGCAGCAGAACCAACAUCAGCAGCCCACAGCCCCUCCACAGCAGGCAGCAGCCCCUCCACAGGCACCGCCACCACAGCAGAACAGCACCCAGACCAACGGGACUGCCGGCGGGGCCGGGGCUGGGGCUGGGGGCGCCGGAGCAGGGCUGCAGCACAGUCAGGACUCCGGCCUUAACCAGGUGCCUCCCAACAAGAAACCGCGGCUGGGGCCGUCCGGCGCCAACUCAGGCGGGCCUGUGAUGCCGUCAGAUUAUCAGCACUCCAGUUCUCGCCUGAAUUACCAAAGCAGCGUUCAGGGAUCCUCUCAGUCCCAGAGCACACUAGGCUACUCCUCCUCAUCCCAGCAGAGCGCGCAGUACCACCCAUCUCACCAGGCCCACCGGUACUGACCAGCCGCAGCCCAGAGCACAGACUCCAGCAAUAUGAUGUCUGCAUUGAAAAGAACCAAAAAUGCAAACUAUGAUGCCGUUUAAAACUCAUCCACUUAGGAGGAAAACUACAUACUCAGCAUUUUGCAGAGCUGACUGAUGUCUCUUCUUUAUUGACUAAAAGAAGAUUUUUGUGAAGUUUCCCCCACACCCUUUCCUUGCAUGUGUUCCAUUGUGACUUCUCUGAUAAAGCAUCUGAUCUAAUCCCAGCACUUAACUUCUGUAACCUUCAGCAUUUUUUUGGAAGGACUUCCUGGUGCACCUUUCUCAUGCUGUAUCAAUCACUAUGUUUUCAAAGCUCUUUUAAUAGGAUUUUAAUGUUUUAGAAACAGGACUUCAGUGGUGUAUAGUUUUAUACUUCAUGAACUGAUUUAGCAACGCAGGUAAAAAUGCACCUUUUAAAAGCACUACGUUGUUUUCACAGAAUAUAACUGUUUUGCUCAUGAAGUCUUAAACAGAAACUGUUACUGUCCCAAAGUACUUUACUAUUAUGUUUUUAUUUAUCUAGUUUCAGGGAAGGUCUAAUAAAAAGACUAGUGGUGGGACAGAGGGAACCUAUAACCAAAACCAGCCUAGAUCUUUUUGCAGUUACUAUGCUUUAUGCUACGAAGACCUGAAGUCAGUGGUGAUUUUUAUAUAAUCAUUCAUAUGGAACGUAGUUCCCAGAAUCAUCUUGUUCUGAAUAGUAGUCAGUAAUUAAGAAUUAUAAUUUUAACCUUCAUGUAGCUAAGUCUACCUUAAAAAGGGUUUCAAGAGCUUUGAUGAAAUACAGUCGUCUGGUGACCCACUCCAGAAGGCUGAAGAGAAUAUUAACUGCACUAGGAUUUCUUUAAGGAGUAAUGUUGAUCAAAGGAUGUAUUACUUCCCUUUGAAGGAAAAGCUUUUAGGGUGUAUUGUACAUAAAGUUGGCUUCUCUAAAGAACUGUUGGUUUCUUCACAUCUGGGUUAGCUUGAGUAACAUUCUUACAUAAUCAAGGGUACUCAAAUAGAAGCCUGCAAAUUAAUCUGCUUUUAAAAUAAAGAGCAGGUCCUCCAUUCAUAUUUGCGUUAGACAUAGAGUGACUAUUUUUAAAGCAUGUUAAAAAUUGAGGUUUUAUUCAUGUUUAAAGUAUGUAUUAUGUAUGCAUAAUUUUGCUGUUGUUACUGAAACUUAAUUCUAUCAAGAAUCUUUUCAUUGCACUGAAUGCUUUCUUUUGCCCCUAGGAGAAAACUUAAUAAUUGUGCCUAAAAGACUGUGGGCAGAUAGUAUACGACUAUACCAGAUAAAAUGCAUAUUUGCAUUUCCAUGAUCUAUGAAUUAGAGGCUGAGUUCUUUCUUAGCCAGUGUAAGGAACCCCUCACUCCCCAGAGUCGCAAGGAAAUAUAAAGACUUAAGCACCCAUUGUAAUGUAAAGGGCAAGAAAUUUGUGUUCUUCUGAAUGCUACUCGCAGCACCAGCCUUGUUUUAAACAUUUUCUUGAGCUAGAAGAAAUAGCUGAUUGUUGUAUAUGCAAGUUAUAUGCAUUUUUUUUUACUAUUCUUUGUGAACUUAUCUACCUGGUUAUGAUACUCUGGGUCCAUACACAAGUAAAAUAAGAUUUUAGACAGAAGCCAGUAUACAUUUUGCACUAUUGAUGUGAUACUGUAGCCAGCAAGGACCUUACUGAUCUCAGCAUAAUAAUGCUUAUUAGUAAUAAGGACUAUAUGGUGACACUCAUCAACACUGAAGAUGAAACAGUUGACAUGCUCCAUUGGAAGGAAUUUUUGAUUGUCUCCAUGGUAAUUUACCCCUUGCAUUUUUUUUAAAUGAGAAAUUAAUAGCCCUCUGUGUAAUGUAGCUACCUGUGUAAAGUUAUAUCCUGUGCCCUGAAGCCUCAUUGUCCAGAACUCUUGGUCAUCAGAUGCUCACUGCACCCUCACCAUGUGCCCAAUGCCAUGCUGGGUGGAAGACACAAAGGGCAAGACGUACUCCCCAUCCUUAAGGAGCUUAUGAUCGAUUCCAUGAAGGAAGCUUUCCUGGGAGGAUUGGCUUAUAAGUGAAACUGUCUUAGAAUAUGAAGGUCGUUUUGUUUACUUCUAAACCCACUUACGUAGAGUAAUUAUUCCAAAUUCUGCUCUAUAAUAAACAGUGUUAUGGAGAGGUUUCUAUGUUUCUAACUACCUUCGAGAAAGCCAGUGAUUAAAUAUCACAACAGGCAUUAAUGUAGAUUUGAAAUGUUCACAGCAGCCUUUCAACAACAAUUGGGUGGUCCUUGUAGGCAGAACACACUCUGUGAAGUAGUUGUAGGAAAUUACAAUGAAAAUAGAAGCUCUGCUCCUGCCCUCAAUGAGAGCUUACAUUUGUAAAUGGAAAAUCCCAGUAUCUGCAGGAACCAAAAUACCAUGCCCGUGAAUACUUUCUAAGCAACUUUGAUAAUCAGUUAUUAUGAUAUGUGUUUAUAUGAUCACAGGACUACCCUGCUUUCCUUGUAUAUAGUGAAUUUUACUGGUAGAACUGAUAUAGAGACUGUAAGGGGGUUUCAUCAGUUGCUUCCAGUACGUAGUGUUCAGGAUUUAGCCAGAUAGCCCCAUUACACACAUGACUGGGUUUCCCGUCACUGCGCUGGUCCUGGCCCUUUCCUCCUGUGUUCUUGCCUCAGGGUUGGUGAUAACCACUGGUGCCCAUUACCCUUUGAAAUAAUUUGGUUCAUAUAUGGGCCCUAAAAUUGUGGGACCUCAAAAGAGACCUCAAAGCUUUUUGAGGUUAAAAUUUACCUUUGUGGUCCCCAAAUGACCACAUUCCUCUUUGAAAACUUAUUACUAUCAUGUCCCCUGAGAAUGCAGGUGUGCAUCUCUCAGCAUAUGGGAACACCCAAACCAGGAGAGGUUAUUGAAAGGAAGGAAGGAAUCAAAGUGAAGAUUUUCUGCUCUCCAUAUUACAAAUCACUUUUCAAGUUAGUUUUCUGGUGAGGUGUGUGUUCGGGAAAAAGGAUUCUAGAAUUUCUGGACAGCUGAGCUCAAGAGUAAGGUCACCCGGCGGCAGGGCUGAUACUAUGAGACUGAAACAAUCCUUGUGAUGAAGUAGAUCAUGCAGUAACAUACAAAAAACGGUGACAUGUAUAUUUUUAUAUCUGUGUGGUUUUAAAACUCUAGUACUUAGAAUUUUGGCCUUCUGCACUACUCUCUUGCUCUUGUAAACAUAAUUUGCAUUUAAGAAUGGAAAGGGAUGACAUUUACCUAUGAGUUCACUGCCUCAUUCCUGGUGAAGCUACUGCUAGUUGUAUGCCUCUAAAAUGAUGCUGUUUUCUCUGCUAAAGGUAAAAGAAAAAAACUAGUUGGACAAUAAGGCUUGCAGCUUAAUCUGCUUUGAGUAAAUUUAUGUAGCAGAAACUCUACAAUGAGGGAAAAAUUCUAUGAACAUUGCAAAUCCUAAACUCUGGUGUUAUCUUCCUAGGGAAUGGAGGAAGGCGGUGAAAGGGCAGUUAGACUGACGGAGGCUUAAAGAAUUCAAGUAUAAGUAAUGUUUUAUAUAAAACAUAGCAGUUUAGGUCCCCAUAAUCUUCAAGAAUAGUCACAAAUAUCAUAAGCAAAGUUCAUUGUUUUAGGAUUUUUUAAAAAUGUGUUGUACCUAAGGCCAUACUUACUCUUCUGUGCUAUCACUGCAAAGGAGUGAUACGUAUGUAUUAUAUGAAAAAAAAUCCUUAAUGCACUGUUAUCUCCUAAAUAUUUAGUAAAUUAAUACUAUUUAAUUUUUUUAAAGAUUUGUCUGUGUAGACACUAAAAGUAUUACACAAAAUCUGGACUGAAGAUGUCCUUUUUAACAACAAUUUAAAGUACUUUUUAUAUAUGUUAUGUAGGGUAUCCUUUCUAAACUGCCUAGUUUGUAUUUCCCUUAAUUCCUACUUGUGAAGUGUACCUGUCAUUGUCGCUUUUUUCAGUCAUUUUCUGCACGCAUCCCUCUUUCUAUGAUUAUAGAGGUGACUGUGUAUGCUUUCCGCACUGUGCUGCGAGGUGUGCGCUCGGAGCCGGCUGCACCCCAGCAAGGCCUGCUCCGUGGG